AAAAAGCUGCAACAUCAGAAAAUUUGGCCUAGUUUCUCAGCUAACGUAAAUUGGGAUAAUUACAUUGCCUUCAGCAGAACCAGUUCACACAAGCUGGGACUGUCAUGGUUCACAAUUAGCAUACAUUUGUUUGGAAUGCAAAAUUGGAUCACUUCCGUAAAUUUAAACCAGCCGCUCAGCCAGGGAUGUGCCGGUUUCACAGAGUGGUGAGAGAGCACAGCCAAACACUAAAACAGACCUCAAGGCAACCCACAGAGACGCUUUGCUCCUCUGGGUUGAGAGGGAAGAGCUGGAAACACGUUCUUGCCACCACUGCAUGGCUCUGCACACCAGAUGAGAAGCAUCAGAGCUGGAGAACUGCUGGUGUCCCAUGUCCCAGGUGACCCAGUGGUAAACAUGCACCAGCCCAUGCUGAGGUUAACCACCUGCAAUGGGCUCCCCAGGAUGAGAAAAGAAUUCUGCUACCUAAGGAACUUGUAACACUCCUCCGUGGUGGUUUGGGUCAGCAACAGAGGAACACUGGGAAGGAGGAGGGGGAAAUCAGGAACUCACAUUUCACAACUUGCUGUAGCAUACUCUCUCUAGGCAGGAGACCCCAGCACCAAAACAAGACAUAUUCAAAAGUACAUAAUCAUAUAAAGUCUAGCCAGUUUCCUUUCAUGGUAUUUCCAUCUAAAGACACGAACAAUGUUUUCUUUAUAAAACAGUUUAUAAAGUUCUAACAUCCCAGUACUUGUAGUUACCUACAGGGAAAAUAACUCCAAAUAUCACAUCAGAGCAGCUCAGGCUUUUUUUAAAGACAAAUUUUCUUACCACCCAGGAAGAAGCCAAGUUGUUCCAGGUGCACGAGUUUCCUAUGAAUAUUGUUCUUUUUAGAGCGAAUACUCAGGAUUUGACAAGAGUAAUAUUCUCCAUGUAUAAAGACAGGAUCUAAAUGAAUCCUAUACAUGUACUACUUACAUUACCAGAAAACAAUUUUGUUGAAUUUCAAGAAAGAGAAUUAAAGUAUCGAUGUAAUUGAUGUAAUCAUGAUGAAACCAACCCAAGCAAAAGGGAGAUUCACAAAUACUGCAUUAAUUAGCAAGAACAUAAACGAAAUAGCUCUGAGCACACGUUUGCUCUUUUUUGGCCUAGUUUGAGGAUGAUGAUCAAUGGCUGAAGCCUAUCAGGAACAUACACCAGCCUAAGGCAUGGAGAGCUUUCCUUUAAAAUUGGUGGAUGUCAUCAAAAUGAAAUAUCCACUCAAAACUAACCCACCUCUCUGCUGUGUAACACACACAGAGUAAAAGAGCUCCAAGAGGGUAACUACCCUGGCAUUACAAGAGUGUACUGAGCAUCCCCUGCUGAUGGGAAUCCACAGCCCCACACCCCAAGGCCAAGCAGCUGCUUUUGCUCUAUCUUGACCUUGCAAGACAGUUUCUAAGAUGUUCUGGAAACAGCUACAUCCUCAACAGGUGUGAAACUGAGUAAGUCAACAUGGUUUCCAUACUCUGAAGGACAACAGAAACCCUUAAUGAGGACCUCAGCUCUUCAUUGGAUCUCAUUUCUAGUGUUUGCCACACUCUUUCCAGUUAAAUAGUACACAUACCUUUCCCUCCUGUGAAUGAGUGUUCACUGUGAACAGACAGAUUGCCAUCCCAACAGUGGUGAGUAUUUCUGAAGAAAAGUGAAAAGUAGUUAACCAUCCUGCUGAACAUGGAAAAGAGCAGUGGAGAAAUUGAUUUUAAAUGCAGCAGCCAAGUGCAGUUCCAGAAAUACUUAGGACAACAUGUUACACAGUCUCUGAAACACAUUCUGCUGGGCCAAAGAAGAAUCUGCUAUAGGGUCUCUGGGAUCAGCAUCUCAGUUGUUUCUGCAGCUCUACCUCAAGUAAUACACCCUAUCUCUUUUUUUUUUUUUUUUUUUAAUAGCUGACAGUAACAAGGCUUCUCAGAAACAGCUGGAUGAGAAAAGCUUUCUCUGGCCUGCUCCUAUGGACUUAAUGAGGAUCAUAUCUGCAGGAACACAGGCCAUAACCUCCAGAUCUCUCUCUUUCAAGCAGAUUAUUUCCUAUGGGGCUUUUUAGUUAGCAGUGUGACAGGGCUUAUGUGUGUCUUCCUCAACUGAUGCGGCUUCAACUUAGAUUUCAGCUCUCCUGCUCUGAGAACCAUCCCCCACCUUCCUCCGCAGAAUCCUUUUCCCUUUUGAUGCCAUCUCAUGGGAUAACGAACAACCUUCAUGGUCUUCCUGCAGCAUGGAACAAGGAGUAGUGCCAUUUUCUCCCUAAAGAAAUAAAAAGUCUUUGCCUCUUGCCCACCUACCUCUUUGUUACAAAUACCUAUGGCUCUCUAAAGUCAUUCCAGCUCCAAAAAAUUGUCAUCUUUACAAUGCUGAUGCUUACAGUGUACUUUGUAGAAAAUCAGUAAAAUAACUGUAAUAACUGGUCGUCCCCCCCCCCUUCAUUCUACAGUUCUGGAGUUGAUUUUAUUUUAAGAUUUGGAGAAAUUUUGAUGGUAAUCGUUAAUGCUGCAAAACCAUUGUAGGGGUUCUCAAUUCUGCCUUUUCACCAUGACACCUUAGGAGCUGGGAGCAAAAGACAGCUUGUACAGCAAGGAGGGAUGCAAAAUCAUCAGGUUAACAGCUGAACUCAGAAUCUUUGAGUCAACAAGGUGUAAGAAGGCACCUUCUGCAAAGCAAUCGCCUUUGAACAAGUCUGCAAGUAGAUGAGAUCAAUAGGGACAAUAAAAAGCCCAAGGAGUGUUUAAACUUCUUGUUUAAAGUGUGAUAAGUUUAAAAUGCCUAUUUGUCUGAAUUUCAGGGGAAAAAAAGAAUCUCCAAGGUUCUUUCUUCCCAACAAGCCAGUCAGUUCAUCACACUGAGCAAAUAAUGUCAUGUCUAAUUAUUGUGGGAAUACUCCAAAAGGGCUAAUGUUACAUGUGACGGUAAAAGGGUUUUGAUUAACCAGAAGUCAUUUGGGAGAGUAUAAAAGUAACUCUUUCCCCUUAAUUCUUUCUGCCUUUCACAGAUGAACCAAGCUCACCCCAGGCCCCUGCCAAAAUCCGCCAGUAUGAAUUGGAGACAAAUAAUUUAUAUUAUUUUAUUGGUGAGCCUUACUGUAGUCAAAGCCCUGCCUAGAAGUUAUCAGGACAUAGAGGGAAAAAACAGCAUUGGCCAACGUUUUUCUCAGCUGCAGGAGAAUAAUUUUAAAGCCAUUGCCAUGAUCAUGUUUGCUCAGUAUGUGCAAGGAGGCACGUUUGGCAAAGCAGUUCAAAUGGCCCAGGAUGUGACAGCCCUUGCCAAAAGGUGUGCUGCUGCAGCCAGAGACAGCCCGGACUGCCUGAAGCCUUUAGACAGGAUUUUCCUCGAUACGAUAUGCCAGGAGGAAAAUCUUCCCAGGUUUACUGACUGCUGUGCUAAAAGGGAUCCUGAAAGAAACGACUGCUUCCUCUCCCUUAAAAAUUCAUCACGAGGGUUCAUGUCUCCUUUUGAAAGGCCAAAUGCUGAAGCUGCCUGCAAAAAUCAUUCACAGCAUCAACAUCCAUUAACAGGAUAUUUUAUCUACGAGGUUUCCAGAAGGCACCCUUUCCUCUACGCCCCAACAAUCCUCUCUGUUGCUAUCCGGUAUGACGAGAUGAUGAAGAACUGCUGCAGGGGUGCUGAAGACCCCACUCACAACCUGGAGGAAUGCUUUCGGAGACAGGCACCAAAGGUGGUGAAGCCAGUAAAAGAAGACAGCCUGAGGCAGGAACACACAUGUGGAAUCUUGAAGAAGUUUGGAGAAAGGACCUUAAAGGCUCUGAAACUUGCUCAGAUAAGCCAAAAAUUCCCUAAAGCUGAUUUUGUUACUGUUAACAAACUUGUGACGGAUAUUGCUAACAUGCACAAGGAUUGCUGUCGUGGAGAUAUGCUGGACUGUAUGCGUGACAGGGAAGAGAUUCUACACUACGUCUGCGCAAACCAAGACAUCCUAUCCAGUAAAAUUAAGAAGUGCUGUGAAAAGCCUCUGUUACAAAGAAGCGAAUGCAUAGUUAACGCAGAGAAUGAUGAUAAACCUGAAGACUUGUCCCCCCACAUCAGGGAGUUUAUAGAAGACAAAGGAAUAUGUGAACGUUUUGCCCAGGAAAAAGAUACACACUUAGCCAGGUUUCUGUAUGAAUAUUCCAGGAGACACCCUGAAUUUUCUGCUCAAAUGCUUUUAAGAAUUGGUAAAGGCUACGAGGACCUGCUGCAAGAGUGCUGCAAAGCUGGUGCUCCGGACAACUGCUGCAGCAGAGGGGAGGAAGAACUGAAGAAACACAUUUAUGAAACUGAAAGUGUCAUGAAGACAAGCUGUGACAUUUACAAGGAGAAAGGAGAUUACUAUUUCCAAAACGAGCUCCUCAUGAGCUUCACCAAGAAGAUGCCUCAGCUGACAUCUGCGGAGCUGAUAAAAUUCACCAAGCAAAUGACUACAGUGGGAUCCAAAUGCUGCCAGUUAAGCCAGGACAAGCUCCUGCCUUGUGCCGAGGAAAAUCUGGAUCUCGUGCUUGGAGAAAUAUGUAGAAGACACCUGACUGAUCCUAUAAACCCAGGAGUUUGCCACUGCUGUAGUAGCUCCUAUGCUCUCAGGAGGCCGUGCAUGGGGAAACUAGAAAUUGAUGAGAAUUAUGUGCCCUUAUCAUUGACUCCUGAUCUGUUCACUUUCCAUGAAGAUUUGUGUACGACUGAAGAGGAAAAGUUACAGCACAAGAAGCAGGAAAUGCUCAUCAACCUCAUCAAGUACAAGCCCCAGAUCACGCAGGAGCAGCUGAGCUCCGUCACAGCCGCCUUUACCGCCAUGAGGGAGCAGUGCUGCAAAGAAGCAAGCCACGAGGCAUGCUUCAUGAGAGAGGUAUCGUUUCUGUUUUCACUCAUACAUUCUAAAUCAAAACAGAAACAUGGAGUAUAUAUAAAAGUGUGAAUUUCUCCGUUAAGCAGCAAACCCAAAGCCUGGCUAGCCAGAAUUCCUGCAGUUACAUUGCCAGAGACAAACUUUAUGACCCGCACAAGUACAUGUGUGUACCAGUUAAAUGAUCACUAAAAAACUUGCCUAAUUAGUCUCAUGUUUAUGGGCAGCAAUUUAUAGAUAGUGCUCAGCUAACAUCCUUUGCUUCUGGGGAGUCACUGGGACUUGCUGUUGAAGGAUGCGGGCAAAGGUCUUUCCCUGGCUGACAGUUCUAAUGGAAUUUCUCUUGAAAAAUUCCUCUGCAAUAGGGAGAGAAAGGAUAUAUUCCGAUUCUAGGUCAAAACAUUUUCCCCGUUUAUUCUCCCUACCGCGGUCUCCUCCUUGCCCUUCCUAUGUAAUUUUAGCUCACUGAACUUCAUACCACAGAGCUACUUUGGCCUCUUUCUACCCUCCAGCAAAUCUGCUUUUGCCUACUUCUCCUCCCUCCCUCUCUUUGAUAUAUUCCUUAACUGAACUUUAACAAACUAUCCACAAGCCUUGAUCCCCCUCUCUUUUAAUCUUUGCCUUGCUUUGCUUUAAAUGAUAAAAUACAAUCCUUUUAGAUUAGAUAAGAAAUUUCCACCUCUGGGUACACCCAAAGAGUGUAUCUGCAAAGAAGCAUUCUAUUAACUCUUUGUAAUAGAACUGUCUUUUAGUAUUUUUCUGACAAAUAUCAAAUCUUCCAAGACAAUCUGAGCUGAACAGUAGAAGUAAAAUGUAUAUUAAACAUAAUGAUAUACGUAUAUGUGCGCUGCAUAUACAGGGUUUGUACACAGCUUGCAAUGGUUAUAAAACAUUACCUACUGCUGCCAUACUUGUGGAACUUGUUCACAAGUACAUUAUCUUCCUGCUUCUAUUGCUCAUAAAUAUUUUGCUUUUUUUUUUAGGGUCCAGAACUUAUAAAAAGAAGUGAAAAAAUGUUGUCAGCAUAAAGAGCUUGCAUAGCUUAUUGGAAGAUACUUACUGAACGAUAGGAAGUCACACAACCUUAACUGUGAGCAUAAUACCUUGUCUAAACGUUCAUGAAAUAUAAACAGGAACAUAUAAAUUGUCAUAGUGGAGAAAACUAUGUUGCAGCUCUUUACUUACAUAUCUAAUGAGGUCGUGAUGGUUUACCAGCUAGAGCUCUGCCACAUCCCAUCUGCUGCUGUGAGCGAGGUGAACGAGGUGCCUCAGAACAAAACAUCACAUUCCCACAUCAACCUGCUGAGCUGUGGAGCUGUAAAACCGGCCUGAUUGCAGAGCUCAGCUCACCUGAAAAUGAAUUGUGCUUACCCAUUUUUUUCAGACAUGGGAGGAACCCGUACGCAAACUUCAUCUCUGGCCACUAUCACUGAUUCAGAAUGAUCAAGAGUAUGUAAAAUCUAAACCAAAACAGGUGACUUAAAGCCAGUUCAAGUCCAGGGAGAGGGCCCAUCACCUUAAAGCAGGGGUACUCAAACUACGGCUCGCGGGCCAGAUACGGCCCCCCAGGGUCCUCAAUCCGGCCCCCGGUAUUUACAGACCCCCCCCACCAGGGGUUGGGGGGGGGGAAACCAAGCAGCCGCAGAUGGCUGCCUGCCACUUCAUCCGCGUGCCGGCCCCCUGGUUAAAAAGUUUGAGGACCCCUGCCUUAAAGAAAUCCACUGAAAUAGUAAGUUAAAUGGAUAGAAACUGAGGGUUUCGAUGUGGACACCAUCUUAACUUAUGGAAUAUUAUUUUACUUAUAGAAAUACUCACAGACGCAAAAAAAUUCCAAAGGCAUUUUAAAUCCUAAGCUUACGAAACACAAAUGCAAAUGAGAUCAAAAUCAGAAAAUCUGCCUGUAACCACUUUUAAAUUAUUUUCGAUCACCAAGUAAUUAUUUUUGCUUUUUUAUAGCACUGUCCUUGAAAUACAACACAUACACUCGCUAAUAUGGGCUGCUCUGGGGGAUCGUAAAUUUGCCUUUAAGCAAAGAAAAGGAUUAUGUUGGGCAUCCUGAAGAGGGAAAGGAAAAAAAAAUAAUGGGCACAAUGUCAUGGAAAGGACAGAACACGGACUGCUGAAACACCUGGUCAGCAGAUGAAGGUUUAGAGAAAGCACUGGGAUGCUACCAGAUUUACGCUGCAGGUAGUUUGACACAAAAACAGCUUUGGGAUUUUGCUCUCUUUUUACAUUAAAAGAAAUUAGAAGGCAUGUUAAGAAUCCUAUGUCAAAAAACAGUAUUAAAAGAAAGAAAACCUUUUCCUGGAAAACUUUGGCUCGCAGGAAGAUACCCAGGGACCAGAUCCUUUGGGUGGAUGUAUCUAACAGUAGUUAUCCUAGGAGCAUUUGAAAUGUCUGUAAAAUAAAUAUUGCCUAAACAAACAUCACACCAAAUGCAAACCCAGCUUACAGUAUUACCAUCAGAGAGAAGAUUUCAGAGUCAGAUUGAAGAGGUCAACCAAACCAAGUCCCAUCGGAAUCUACCCUGUGCGUACUGCUAGGCAAUAUUUUCAUUAAGGAUAUAAAUAAUGAGAAGAAAACCCCUUCAUCAGAUUUUUGACUGACAGCAAGAUGGAGACACACUGUUGUAAAUCCCUUUGCAACAUUUUAAAAGUCAAAAUCAUCUUGGAAAAUUAGAGAAAUAGCCUAGAAAACAAGAGGAAUGCUCUAUAAGGACAAAUGUAAUGUAUGACGUCGGUAUGAUUAAGCAGCUGCACCAUUUCAGCACAGGAAAAUUGACUCACGAGGGAGCUGUGUGGAUAACAACACUGUUAGAAAUCACAGCCAACUAAAAGCCACCAAUCUGCCGCUAAUUAAAAUCUAACUUCUUGCUUGCACACCAGGAGCAUAAGCAGAACAACAGACAAACCAGAACAAGCUACGUAAGACAUAUAGCACAGUUUCAUUUUCCUCACCUCUGGUAUAAGGACUUACCUGGAGUGUUAGGACAAAUCUUGGCUACCUUACCUCUAGAAAGUGUUUCGCUGAAAAGAGAAGAGCAGUAACAGUCAGCGAUCCAUAAAGUACGAAAGGAAAGGUAAAGUAGGAUGGGGGUGCCUGGUUUAAUAAGAAAGGCUGCAGGAACUUGAAAAUCUUCACAUACCAAGAGACUGACUGCAAGGCAGAAAGCAGCGGGCCAGUGCCCAGCAAGGGGAACAAAGCUCUGGGAUCAAUUGUCUGGGAAAGGUGGGGACCUGUGAGAGGCACACAAACAUUCAACAGGCUUUACCCAAAUAUCAGUGAUGUUUCCAGUACCAAAACAAUGAUUAGAUGGGCAUCUUGGGCUUCUCCUAGCACUCUGUUUUCUCAAGACUUUAUGUUCUGAUGAAAAUCCGUCCUAGGGAAUUUGGAGGAUGGUUUGGGUUUUCCACCUUUUUGGUUUUUUGUGAAAUCCAGUGAUGUCUGGAUUUUUCUCAUGGUGGAGCUUGGUAGUACAAGUUCAGGUAAGAUAUAUCCUCUAAUUACUGUCUUUAUGGUUAAUGGCUUAGGCUCCAAAUUCAAAAGCAGCCCCCAUUCCCUGUCACCUCUUUUUCAUUGCUGUGUU